AUGAUUAAGGUUGUCACAGGUCGCUUGAUAUCCCUAAGCACAUCGUGGGCCGAUGUAGACUAUGUGUUCAUACCACUCCUGCCCACGAACAAAGCUCACUGGAUGCUAGGUCUAGUAGAAUUUAGAAGCCAUACUUUGAUGCUGUUCAAUUCAGCUGGAAAAACGUAUCGUGAUUGGAAUGUGCUGGAAGGUAUUGAACCCUAUGUGAAGGUAUUGCCUGCUCUUACGAAAGCGUUGGGAAUUUCCAAAAAAGACCCCGAUUACAACGAAUCUGAAUGCAAGCAAAUGAAGGUGACCAUUGACAGUACCCUGCCUCAGCAGACGAAUGGUCAUGACUGCGGGGUGUUCGUGAUAUUGUAUGCAUUGUAUAUCCUCCGUGAUGGCAGAUGUGCUAUUCCCCAUAAGUUCGAUGCUGCAAAAUGUAGAAUUGAUAUCGCCUCACUACUCUACAAACACCGAGAACCUUACGUGAAGAAGGCGAGGCAGGCUUUUAAAGGGGAGGGGAUUGUAAUAGAAUGACAAAUAUGAAAACAUUUGUAAAUGAGUUUUAUGCUUCAGUUGAUAGCAUUUUAUAUUUCUUUCAAGCAAUGGAGGUGUUUGUACUCAAUACUGUCA